AUGACAACAUCACCAUAUAACCUAGAUGAUAGUAGUGAAGAUGAGCAACGUGAAAAGAGGGAAAAACUGAAAAAAUCACGCAUGGUGUUUGCUAAUUGUUACAUGUGCCAAAUCGACCCGUCUGUACAACAUUUACACACACUUGGUAAUGGUGCAGAUAUUGAAAAACUGAAAAAAAGGAGAAUGACCCCACAAGUUAUGGAUCAAUUUCAUGAGAAACUGAACCUUAAAAACGCUCCAGAAUCAACCCUCAAAAGUGAGAAUAUAAGAGAAAUCAAAAAAGGAGGGACCUUUUACACUUUAAAGUGUCUGAAAACUGUGCGAAGGUCUGAAUACGGCGAUCAUUGUCUGUCACAGCACACACAGUCGAUUGACCAGAUGAACGAAAUGAUUUUGAGAUGCCCAAACUGGACGAGAGGAUGUCAGUUUAGUACACACCGAGUUCGUCCAAAAACGGGAAAGCUAAAAUUCCACCCAACAACUGCUACAUUAUCUCACCAACCUGUACCUGAUGCUCAAUUUGUCCAAGACGACGGCUCUCCUUCUAAUAGAACUCUUGAUAAUCUUCCACUUUGGUGCUAUGAGCUGCUGGCAAUGUAUUUACCCAGUUCAUCACUGUAUAACUUAUCCUUGACUAGCAGAAAACUGCGUGAAGUAGUUUUCAUUGGGUGCAAUAAACGCUGUUAUAUCGAAUCCGUGUGGCACCCACUAAAGAAAGGAAGUUGGAUUCAGAAAGACUUUGUUUGGAAGAUUAGUUCAACGGAGCCACCACCAGCAUUAGAGUGGGCAGUACCUGUCGAUCUUUCACACCAUAUUUCACAAUGCUCGUAUUUCGAUGGCGUUGUGUAUGAAGAAAAACUUAUUCCUGUAUUUCCGAGAAACUUGGAGAACGAUAUCUGGAAUGGUUUCACAAAUGAACUCUCGGAGAAAUCUAUUCGAGCAGAGAUACAAGAUAUUUUGGAUGAAUGA